AUGAGUGACAUUCCCCCUAAGGGAGUCAUCCUGCCAGACCUUCCUAAUGAGAUCAUGCUUGGGAUAUUUCAUCGUUGUGAUGCAAGAACGCUUUUAAGUGUUCGAUCAACAUGCCGCUAUUGGAGAAACAAACUUAACUCCUAUGAGUUCAUAACAGAAAUGGGAACAAGAUGGAAAAGCAAUGGUUGCUCCCUCUUUGCACAUUUCGGAUUCUCAUCUAGGUGGGCUACUCCCCUAGAUUGGAUGAUGAAAAUUAAUGCAUGGAGUGGUCAAACCUCUGCAUUCCAAUUUCCAUUUUUGUUAACACAAGAGGGAUGGUUUCACAUUAUUGGUGUUCAGAAUGGUAUAUUUUGUAUACGUUAUUGUUCUAUGGGGAAAAGAACCUUUAUACUUACUUGGAACCCAACAACUAGGAAGUCUAGCAUCAUGAAUGAUCCUGGAAAACAUUAUUGUGAUGAUUGUGCUUUUUUCUUCUCAUUUGUUUACUAUCCCAGGUCCGUUAAUUAUGCAGUUGUCCACCUAUUCAAGGAAAAGCCCGAAAGUCCUGGAUGGACAUUAACAAUGUCUACAAAUUUAGUCAGGGGUUGGAAUGUGUCGCUCACAUGUCCACCCUACGUUGAUAGACUGGAUCCUGAUUACGUUUCCCUUGAUGGUGUUAUUUAUUGGGUAAGUUGCUUACUUCAUGAGGAGGAUGUUGACCCUCCAUGUAUUGUAUCAUUCUCUGUAGUAACAUUUACUUUUCAUAAAUAUUCCCUUCCAACUGAAGCUCAUGCCCAUUGCCUUAAUCUGUUGAUCCGAAAUGAUAAGCUCUGUCUGGCUACAAAUAAUCAUGAUGAUCAGUCAUAUAGCUCUACCAUUUGGCAAGCUGAUGCUAUCAAUGAUGAUAUUAUUUGGAGCAAGCUAUAUACGUUUAAUGGUAUUGGGGUUCCUUACAUACCUGCACUAUUUGUUGAUGAUAACCUUUUACACAUCAUGGAAAGGCAUCUACCAAUGCUGGAUAUGGAUGGCACGGUGGAAGAGGACAAUUCUAUUUGUGACGAUCACGAUGAAACACAUGAAGACCAUGCUGAAGAACCACAUAAUUUACCGCCUGACACUAUGUUGCAAAAUGAAAGAGAAGGUUAUUUAGAUAUGGGGGAUCCAGAUUUUGAGUGCGAGCACUGUGGCGCUAGGUUCUGGUAUGAUGAACGAAUUGAUAGACAUUAUAAUUCAAGAAAUCCUAAAUUCACUUUAUGUUGCCGUCGAGGUCAAGUGCAGCUACCAAGACUACAACAACCACCAGAAAUUCUUGAUGAGUUAUUCUUUGGCUCAGAUGCAAAAGCUAUUCAUUUCCAAAAUAAUACUCGCACAUAUAAUAGCAUGUUUGCUUUUACUUCGUUUGGGGGGAAAAUAGAUAGAUCCGUUAACAACAAUAGUCGAGGACCCCCUACCUUCAUUUUGCAUGGUCAGAAUUAUCACCUUAUGGGAAGUUUAUUGCCUCAAGAAGGAGCGUCAGCAAAAUUUGCUCAACUAUACAUUUAUGACACUCAAAAUGAGAUUAAAAACCGGACUUCAGUUGUAAGUUCUGACAAAGACGCAGAUAAAUGGAAUGUUCACAUAGUUUCAGACAUUAUACAAAUGCUAGAUACACAUAAUGUUCUUACCAAAUCUUUUCGUUUGAUGCGGGAUGUCCUGACUAAUAAUCCCCAAACAAACGUGCGUCUUAAGCUCAUUGGAAAAAGGGGUAGAGAUGGAAGAACAUACAACUUGCCAUCAGUUGAUGAGGUUGCAGGCUUGGUUGUCGGAGAUUUUGAUCCACAUACACAAGGAAGGGAUAUUAUUGUUGAAACAAAGUCUGGUGAACUUAAACGGAUUUCUGAACUACAUCCGUCAUACCUAGGAUUACAAUACCCUUUAUUGUUUCCAUAUGGUGAAGAUGGUUGGAGGGAAAAAAUUUCAUUGAAUAUAGUUAACACCAAUCCUAACAAUGAAAGCUCCUAUGUAAGUAUGAGGGAUUUCUUUGCUUUCAGAAUACAACAUAGAAAUUUACGUGAGGGUGUUUUGAUCUAUUCUCGAAGACUUUUUCAACAAUUCAUAGUUGAUGCCUACUCAAUGAUUGAAGCUUCUAGGUUGAAAUAUGUGUACUCAAAACAAAAAGAAUUUAGAGCUGAAAUCUAUAAGGGACUAAAAGAUGCAAUUCUCAAUGGAGAAACUGAAGCAUCUAACAUUGGAAAGCGCAUUAUUCUACCGGCAACCUUUACAGGUGGACCAAGAUAUAUGAUCCAAAAUUAUCAAGAUGCAAUGGCCAUCUGCAGAUCAAUUGGUUAUCCAGAUUUAUUUAUUACAUUUACUUGCAAUCCACAAUGGGAAGAAAUCAAACGUUAUUGCAAAGAGACCAACUUGAAGCCUGAAGACAGACCUGAUGUAAUUUGCAGGUUAUUCAAAGCAAAGUUGGAGAAGCUUAUCAAAGACAUUCAUAAAAAUAGAAUUUUUGGUGUUUCCAAAGCAGUGAUAUAUACCAUCGAGUUCCAGAAACGUGGAUUGCCACAUGCGCAUAUAUUACUAUUUCUUGCAGCAGAAUAUAAAUAUCCUUCUCCAGAAGAUAUUGACAAAAUCAUAUCAGCUGAGAUCCCAGAUCCAUUACAUGAUCCAAAUUAUUAUGAAGCAGUUAAGCAUUUUAUGGUACAUGGGCCAUGUGGGCUUGCAAAGAAAAACUCCCCUUGCAUGGAAAACGGUCAGUGCAUUCGUCAUUUUCCAAAAAAAUUCGUUGAUUUUACUACCAUUGAUCAAAAUGGAUAUCCAAUAUAUAGGCGUCGAGAUGAUAAUAGAACCAUUGAGGUUUCAGGUAUUGAGUUGGAUAAUCGUUAUGUUGUGCCUCAUAAUAGAUUCCUAUUGUUAAAAUAUGGUGCUCAUAUAAAUGUUGAGUGGUGCAAUCAAUCACGUUCAAUCAAGUAUCUAUUCAAGUACAUUAACAAAGGAAAUGAUAGAGUAACAGCAUCUUUCUAUUCAAAUUCAGCAGUUGAUCGUCCUAAUUUCAUUGUAGAUGAAAUAAAAAUGUUUCAUGAUUGUCGCUACAUCUCUCCAUGUGAAUCUGCUUGGAGGAUAUUUGCAUAUGAUAUACAUUAUAGGAAACCAUCAGUUGAACGGCUGAGUUUUCACUUGCCUGAUGAGCAGACAGUUCUAUUUGAAGAUAACGACACAUUGCAAACCACGGUAAACAGAGCAACAAUCAAAGAAUCAAUGUUCAUAGCAUGGUUCAAAGCAAAUGCAACUUAUGAAUCAGCCAGACUAUUAACUUACAAUGAAUUCCCAACUCAUUUUGUCUGGAAACGAAGCAUCAGAACUUGGGAACCAAGAAAAAGUGCUCAAGUAAUUGGUAGAUUAUUCUUUGUCCCACCAUCAUCCGGUGAAUUAUACUAUCUUAGAAUGCUAUUGAAUAUUGUAAGAGGUCCAACAAGUUAUGAAGAUGUUAAAACAUACAAUGGUGUCAUCUACUCUUCAUUUAGAGAUGCGUGUUAUGCACGAGGUUUAUUAGAUGAUGAUCAAGAAUAUGUUGACGCAAUUGAAGAAGCAAGUCAUUGGGGAUCUGGACACUAUGUGCGCAAACUUUUUGCAACACUUUUGUGGUCAAACACAAUGGUACGACCUGAGGCCGUUUGGGAAAAAAGUUUUGGGCUAUUAUCAGAUGGCAUACUACAUGAUCAUAUCACCAUGUUUAACUCACCAGAUUUGACUCUGUCUGAAUCUGAGUUAUUACAACUGACUCUGAUUGAAAUCGAGCAAAUACUUAAUAGUAACGGAAAGACACUGCGUGAUUUUCCAACAAUGCCAUAUCCUAAUAUGGAAAACAUAAACCUUCAACGGCGGGGAAUUAUGCAAAAUAAAUUAAUACUUGAUGAACUAUCUUAUGAUCGUGUUUUCUUAGCAGAACAACACAGUCAAUACUUAGCACAAAUGACAUCGGAACAGAAGACCGUUUAUGAUAAAAUUAUUGCUGCCGUGAACUCAAAUUCAGGAGGAGUUUUCUUUUUAUAUGGAUAUGGAGGUACAGGUAAGACUUUUAUUUGGAAAACAUUAUCUGCUGCUAUUAGGUCAAAAGGUGAAAUUGUCUUAACAGUUGCUUCGAGUGGUAUAGCAUCUCUUUUAUUACCUGGAGGAAGAACAGCUCAUUCCAGAUUUGCAAUACCUCUUACUCCUGAUGAAUAUUCUACUUGCAACAUUAAACAAGGAAGUCCAUUGGCAGAGUUAAUUUCUGAAACAAAACUUAUUAUUUGGGAUGAAGCACCAAUGAUGAAUAAGUUCUGUUUUGAAGCACUAGAUCGGACUAUGAGAGACUUGCUUCGUUCUACUAAUGAUUCAAGUUUAUCAUUACCUUUUGGUGGUAAAACUGUAGUCUUUGGCGGAGAUUUCAGGCAAAUUCUUCCAGUUAUCACAAAAGGGUCUCGACAGGACAUUGUUAAUGCUUCAAUUAACUCUUCUUACCUGUGGCAUGAGUGCCAAAUUUUGAGCUUAACACAGAAUAUGAGAUUAAGAACUUCAACUGGAAUUCACAAUAGUGAGGAAUUGAAAUCGUUUGCAACGUGGAUCUUGAAUGUAGGUGAUGGAAGGCUUGGACAACUAGAAGAUGGAUGUGGGUUAGUUGACAUACCACAAGAACUUUUACUGACAGAUUUUAAUGACCCAAUCCAAGCAAUUGUUGAAGCAAUUUAUACUGACUAUCUAAAGGACUAUUCAAACAUACAACAUUUGCAAGGAAGGGCUAUCCUUGCGCCAACUAUUAGCGUUGUUGAAGAAGUUAAUGAUUACAUGCUCUCUUUGAAUAACAAUGAAAUGAAAAGAUACCUAAGUUCAGAUUCGCCUUGCUUUAAAGAAGGAGAUAAUGACACAUUAGCUAGCAUACACACUCCAGAAUUUUUAGCAAGUAUAAAAUCACCAGGUCUCCCAAACCAUGAACUCUGUUUUAAAGAAGGUUGUCCUGUAAUGUUGAUUCGAAAUAUUGAUCAUUCAGCCGGUCUGUGUAAUGGAACUAGAUUGGUUAUCACAAGGCUAGGCAACAAAGUAAUCGAAGCUAAGGUCUUAUCAGGAAGCAAUAUUGGAGAAAAGGUGUUCAUUCCAAGAAUGACCUUAACCCCGUCAGAUGGAAAAUUACCAUUCAAAUUUCAAAGAAGACAGUUUCCUUUGAUGUUAUCAUAUGCAAUAACCAUAAAUAAAAGUCAAGGUCAAUCUUUAAAUCAUGUUGGGUUGCUACUUAAGCAACCUGUUUUUACACAUGGACAACUUUAUGUAGCUGUUUCAAGAGUUACUAACAAAGAUGGACUAAAGAUCAUAAUAUCUCAUGAUCAAUCCAACAAUUCCACAUCAACAUAUAAUGUGGUCUAUCAAGAAGUUUUCAGAAAUAUUUAA